AUGAGUUUGAAGGGAAUAAGAGAGAAAUUUGAGGAAGAAAGCGCAAAAUCCCCUUCUCAUUUGCCCUCGCUUCUCUCAAACUCUCAACGCCCAAAACCAAGCAAAUGGGGCUCAAUCUCCUCCUCCGAUCUCUCAAGCGUACCCGCCCCCAACUCACGCCGCCGCCCGCUCACCCCCUCAUUUCCUCCUCCCCCUCGUCCACACCCCGACUCGCCGGAGGCGCACCUCGCCGCGCCUGGAGAAUCUACCCGCCGCGGCCCCAGGCGCAGGGCCCGCGUCCACUUCCCCAACCCCGAAGACGCCAUCGAGGUCUUCGUCGAUGGGUACCCCGUCAAGAUCCCUAAGGGGAUGACUGUGCUUCAAGCUUGUUCUGUUGCUGGUGUUGAUAUCCCUAGGUUUUGCUACCAUGAGCGGCUCUCAAUCGCUGGGAACUGCAGGAUGUGUCUCGUUGAGGUCGAGAAGUCCCCGAAGCCUGUGGCGUCUUGCGCGAUGCCGGCGAUGCCAGGGAUGAAGAUUAAGACGAACACUCCAAUCGCAAAGAAAGCGAGGGAAGGGGUGAUGGAGUUCUUAUUGAUGAACCAUCCAUUAGAUUGCCCAAUCUGUGAUCAGGGAGGGGAGUGUGAUCUUCAGGACCAGUCUAUGGCCUUUGGAUCUGAUCGUGGACGAUUCACGGAGAUGAAACGUUCUGUAGUUGAUAAGAAUUUGGGUCCUUUAGUAAAGACAGUGAUGACUCGUUGCAUUCAGUGCACAAGGUGUGUGAGAUUUGCUACUGAGAUUGCUGGUGUUCAGGACCUUGGCAUGUUAGGACGUGGAAGCGGAGAAGAAAUUGGAACAUACGUCGAAAAACUUAUGACAAGCGAACUCUCUGGCAAUGUGAUAGAUAUCUGUCCUGUGGGUGCACUUACCUCAAAACCAUUUGCUUUUAAAGCUAGAAACUGGGAAUUGAAAGGCACAGAAACCAUUGAUGUCACUGAUGCGGUAGGAUCAAACAUUAGAAUUGAUAGUAGAGGACCAGAAGUUAUGCGCAUUCUUCCACGGUUGAAUGAGGAUAUUAAUGAAGAAUGGAUAUCUGACAAAACACGUUUUUGUUAUGAUGGCCUCAAGAGACAAAGAUUAAACGACCCCAUGAUUCGUGGUCCAGAUGGAAGAUUUAGAUCUGUAACAUGGCAUGACGCUCUUUCUGUAGUUUCUGAGGUUGCACAUCAAGUUAAACCUGAGGAAAUUGUUGGAAUCGCUGGGAAGCUUUCAGAUGCUGAAUCUAUGAUGGCGCUAAAAGAUUUCUUGAACAGGAUGGGUUCUGACAAUGUCUUAUGUGAAGGAAAUGGCCCGAAUCCUCAAGCUGACUUGCGUUCUAGCUAUCUCAUGAACUCUCAUAUUGCUGGUCUCGAGAAGGCAGAUCUUUUUCUCCUUGUUGGUACCCAGCCGAGAACAGAAGCCCCAAUGGUAAAUGCAAGGAUCCGGAAAACUGUCCGAGCAACUCGAGCAAAAGUAGGCUAUAUUGGCCAUCCAACCGACUUCAACUACGACCACCAGCAUCUCGGCACAGGUCCUAAAACACUCCUCGAGAUCGCUGAGGGAUGUCACCCCUUCUGCUCCGCCAUCCAAUCGGCCAAAAACCCAGUGAUCAUCCUUGGCGCUGGACUCUUUGAACGAAAUGACAAAGAUGCCAUCAUUGCAACCGUUGAGUCCAUAGCCAAGAAUGGAAACUUCAUUACACCAGACUGGAACGGGUUCAACGUCCUACUCCUAAAUGCAGCCCAAGCUGCUGCCCUCGAUCUUGGCCUUGUAUCUAACCCUAAGGAAUGCAUCCCAACAGCCAAGUUCCUUUACCUUAUGGGAGCUGAUGAUGUAACCCUAGAAAACCUCCCGGAUGAUGCCUUUGUAGUGUACCAAGGUCACCACGGUGACAAGGGUGUUUAUCGUGCCAAUAUUAUUUUGCCUUCUUCAGCGUUCAGUGAGAAAGAAGGUACAUACGAGAACACUGAGGGUUGUGCUCAAUGGACUGUCCCUGCGGUCCCCACAGUUGGGGAUGCUAGAGAUGACUGGAAAAUAAUCCGGGCCUUAUCAGAAGUUGCAGGAGUUCGGUUAUCCUAUGAUUCUAUUGAGGGUGUCCGUGCUCGAAUCGAACAAGUGGCUCCGAAUUUAUUGCAGGUUGAUGAGAGGGAACCAUCGACUGUAAUGUUUGAUUUGAAGCCCGAGUUCAAGGGGAAGAUGAGCUUGGAUGAGGAUUUUGGUCCGGCUGUGGAGAACUUUUACAUGACCGAUUCGAUCACCAGGGCAUCGAAAAUAAUGGCACAGUGCAGUGCUUCACUAUUGAAGAAGUGAGUUUAUGUUUUGUAUUGGUAUGAGAUUGUAAAUUACUUAAUAUUUGUACUUGAUGCAUAAUUUUGGUUGCACACUUGAGCUUUUGGUUCAUAAAGGGCAACCAAGGCUAGGUUCAUUCCUUGCUUAAGAGCUUCUAAGACUUGCUGUAAUGGUCCUCGAGAAUUUCAAAGGAAUUUAAGUCUUCAUGUUUCGCAUUGAACUCUA